GUAUGAAUUUAUUUGUUGUUGUUAAAAAUGGCCCAUAAUACGCUAGAAUGUGUCCCAAAUAUAUUUUAGCACCAUUAAAUACAAUAAUAUUCCAACUAUUUGAGAGAAAACUAUGUCCAUUCUUAAGGCAAGGUCCUAACAUUGCGAUUGCCAUCUCGAACCGUGAGCUGUCCAACGGAACAGAUGUGAAGUUGAUGAGCGUUAGCUAGCACUCGUCUUUUUACGGUUUCAAAAUCUAUAGUUAUUUCUCGCCUGUACCGUGCGUGGUGAAGGCAGCGGGAGACCAUGGACGUGGUCCUGGGGUUAUUGUGCCUGUUCUCGGUGCUGGUGUCUGAGAUGUUCAUGGUGGCCGCGUUCUCCCAGAGCCUGGACAGCGACUUCACAUUUACACUCCCCGCCGGACGGAAGGAGUGCUUCUUCCAGACCAUGAAGAAGGACGCAUCGCUGGAGAUAGAAUAUCAGGUGUUGGACGGAGCAGGUCUGGACGUUGACUUCAGCCUGUCCUCUCCUACUGGACACGUUCUGUACAGCGACCAUCACAAGUCAGACGGAGUACACACUGUAGAGACGGAGGAUGGAGACUACAUGUUUUGUUUUGACAACUCGUUCUCGGCGGUGUCGGAAAAGAUCAUCUUCUUCGAGCUGAUCAUGGACAACAUGGAAAAGGAAGGGGAGGAGCCAGAGGACUGGAAGGAGUACAUCCACGGGACUGACAUGUUGGACAUGAAGCUUGAGGACAUCAUGGACACCAUCAAUAGUGUUAAAGCCCGGCUGGGGAAGAGCCUUCAGAUCCAGACAGUGCUCAAAGCGUUCGAGGCCCGCGACCGCAACCUCCAGGAGUCCAACUACAACCGGGUCAACAUGUGGUCCAUGACCAACCUUCUGGUGAUGGUGCUGGUGACGGGGGUGCAGGUCUACCUCAUCCGCUCGCUGUUCGACGACAAGAGACACACACGCACGUAACACCCCCGCUCACUGGGAGGGGUCAGGGAGAGACGGGCAGCUCUGUCUGGAUCAGCCAGCCAAUAGGGAGUGGGGACUGGUGGUGAAGAUGAGACUAACUCAUAGGUUUUUAUGUACAACACGCACUCACAUACAUCAUACAUCCUUACAGACACAAAUGACCUACCCGUCCACUCUGCUCUGUCUAGCUGCUGAGGGACUGUGUUGGUAUCUGCUCUGUCUAUCUAAUAAUCAGUGGAGGGUGAGACACCAGCCAGACCUUCAGAGUCAUUGGUUUUUAAAAGCGAGCGUAAACGAAUAAGUGUUUACCAUUAAUAUGGUAAUGUGACCUCUCAACUAUGUCUUCCAGACACUGAGGUGUGACUGUCCUGUCCUGUCUGUCACGUCUUUCCAUGUCUUCCAGUAUAUGACCUGUAAGUCAUGUUGCCAAACCCUUUACUAUAUAGUAGGUUAUUGAUAGACCUUAGAUAUUCUGAUUUAGCUGUCUGUGCCAUACUGCCAGAACUGUUGCCUUCCAAACCGUGGCUGGAGUGGACAGCAACACUGAGGGGGCAGAACGCACAUGCGCACGCACACACACCCUGUCACUCGCUUUCAGAAACACUCGCACUCAUUCACACACAAUCUCUUACCCACACACACUCACACAUUUCUUCAUAGAAACAUCUGCUGCCUGCCAUCCCUCCUUUCUCUGGCUGGCCUUUCGGCUGCUUGGCGGGUGGAGUAGGGGAAAGGGAAUAGUUCCAUCUGUAACCCUCUAAAUCACUGCUGUACUCUAUUACUCCCUCCUCCUGUCCUCCUAUAACUCAUGUCUGCUCUGCCCCUCUCUUUUUCUCUAGUGACAGCAUUAUAUUUCUAUCUAACACACACCUGCGUCACCACAGCAACCACACCCUGCACCUGGGGGGUAAUUGGGGCAGGGAAGGUUGCAGGAGAAGGGUUGCUUUGCACUGAAUGAGGUGGGAGUGGUUGGGAGAUCCACUAAUUGACUGUUAGUUGACUUUAUUUUGAAAUUUGUGGCUCUGUCAUAUAUAUGCACUUGGACAAACUUACACACUUGUGGUUGAUGCACUGAGAUAUGUGCCAAGAUUUUGGAGCAGCCAAACAAGUUGUCUGAUUUCUCUCUAAAUGCUCCCUAUGUUACAGAAGAGUGUUCCUAUAAAUACUCACUGUGCUGCUGUGUUGUGAGACCACACCGCCAUCUUGUGGCUGGACAGUGAACUGCUCACGCAAAAAAAUGACUAGCUCACCUCUAGGACUGGCUUUCAACCUAUCCCUGCUUUGAAAUAUGAAAUGUUACAGUAUCCACUGUCUCUUUCUCUUCUUUUACAAUGAGAAUAGCUUACCAUAAAGUAACAGUGUGAUGUUUUAGGGGUUUGCACUGUGCUAUUAUGAGCCUCUGUUACAGCUACUCAAACCAUUGGGUGAGUUUGUUUUGCAUAGCACGGUGCCCCGGGUUGGCAGAGUUUGCACAUUUUAGACUAUUUAAUUGGUCCUUAAGUAAAAUCUCCACCUACACCGGGCCAUGCCAAACAAACUUGCCCAUUUGUAAUGGGUUGUAUUGUCUCGGUCUCUCUGCCCACCAUUUUGUGUCAUAGUAUUUUAGCUGAUGCAUAAACAAGCAUCACAAUGGGUGAUUAAUCAGUCAAAUUUAAGAAUGUUUUUAAUCCACAGGAUUUUGAUGUUCUGUUCCAACCUUUUUUGUUCCCUUUUGAACAAGACAAUAUGGUCUCUUUUGAAGAACACAGGCAACUCUUUGACCCUACAGACAAGUUGUUUAGGAUAAGGUGUCUAUUUUGCUAACCUGAUGAUGGAACGAGGAGAGGAGAGAAUAUUCUGGGAUAUUUAUCAGACUGAUGUUCUGUUGAUGUAAAUGAGUGUAAAUUAAACAAUCCUACUUUUCUGAA